UGAAGCUAGCGAUCCCUUCAAAGUAGGACUUUAGAUGAGGAGUCUAAAAUGUUUUCGGGUCUAGUUGUCAACUCUGGGGGUGAGGCUGCAAGAAAAGGCUUCUAUCAGACCUCGAGAUGUCUAAUUUAAGUGUCCCUUGCUCCUAGGUCCUCCAAUUUAUUUGUUCCCUUAGUUCUUAGAAAGAACUAUUGAUGAAGCAAGCCCAGAAAAUGAGGCCUUGGACUUUUAAAGAUCUCCAAGCGGCGGGACCUAGGACGGAAGUCUUAGGGGAUUAAAUUUGGAUCAUACAGCUGAUGUCCAGUUACACGCAUGGGGAGAUACUCUGGAGGAAGCAUUUGAGCAAUGUGCAAUGGCCAUGUUUGGUUAUAUGACAGAUACUGGGACAGUGGAACCCCUCCAAGCAACAGAAGUAGAAAUCCAAGGAGAUGACUUACAAUCUCUUCUGUUUCACUUUUUGAAUGAAUGGCUUUAUAAAUUCAGUGCUGAUGAAUUCUUCAUAGCCCGGGAAGUAAAAGUACUUAAUAUUGAUCAAAGAAAUUUCAAAUUACGGUCAAUUGGGUGGGGAGAAGAAUUCUCAUUGUCCAAGCACCCUCAGGGAACUGAAGUCAAGGCAAUAACGUAUUCAGCAAUGCAGGUCUAUAAUGAAGAGAAGCCAGAAGUUUUUGUGAUCCUUGACAUUUAAGACACACACAAAAAAGAGCCUCCCUAUGAAGAACUGUUUUUUCUCUUCCUUUUGAGAAGAUACCAUGAUACCAUGAUAUAAAUUCUACAGUAUCUUAAUAUAUGGAGAUUUGCAGAACAGAAAUUUUUAAAUUAAAAUGUGACUUACAGAAAUGGAAAAUCUAGGUACAGCCUUGGUCUGUGUUAUCCAAAUAUUCAAAGUUUAAAGAAACCUUUAGGUGGCAAGUAUGGUAUCUCAUUUGUUAAUUCCCUGCUGUAGCAGCAGGUGCCUUACACCCUUCCCAUGGAAUGCCAGCCCUCCAGCCUGGUCCCAGAAAGGAUCAUUGAUCUAAGAGCAGCCUGAGAGACUCUGAAGCCCCCAUGCUCUUACUGAAUGCAGCUUGGAAAAAAAAAGAAAUUUGAGGAAUCCUACAACCAGGAUUUUGCUUUUCUUCCAAAUUGGUUAACACAUAUAUUUUCUAUACGUACAUGAAAAGAGGUCGUUUUAGAUUGCUGUGGGAAAGAGCCAUCCUGUAUUCCAGUUGGUUUUCUCAGAUGAAACAAUUAUAGUUGAACAAUUGGAAGGCUUCUCUAGAAAGAGCCCUGAUUUACUGUUCUCACUUUUUUCUAAGCACUGAAGUAUUGACACUUUCCUGUUUUCCCAUAAGAAAAAUUUGAUGCAUGUACAAAUGGGCCCUUCUUUCUAACAUAUAGUUUUAUAUUAAAGCCAUUAUAUUUAGAGAAGAAAAGGAGACUUUUUUAAAAUGUCUUUGGUUUUUAAAAAUUACCUAAGCUUUUCAUUCCUAAGGAGACAGGAGGCCAGGAAAACAACUUUAAAAUGAUCUGAACUUUUCAAAGUAGAUAACCUUUGAAAACAUGAGGCUGCUUUCAUUUGAUUUGCAGCAUUAUUCCAUUUUCUAUUCAUUGAUUGAGGUAUUCUUCCUUGUGAUGCAAGAGUUUGCAAAGUUGCUAUUUAUUCACACAUAUGUGAAAAAAGAUUGCCACUGGGUGCUGCCAAAUAUCAUUAUAGUGUGCUGAACUUGACCUAAAAGGAAGAGAUUGUCUGUGAGCUUUCUAACUGUUCUCUUGGAGCACCACAUUAUUUUUACUCUGGGGAUUUUUUUUUUUUUUUUUUGGGCUGCGCCACACGACAUGUGUGAUCUUAUUUCCCUAAACAAGGAUCGAACCCGUGCCGCCUGUCUUGGAAGCUCGGAGUCCUAUCCACUGGACCGCCAGGGAAGUCCCUCUCUGGGAAUUUAACAGAAAGUAGCGGGGGGUAAUGAAGACAAGGGCAAGAGCCUGUGAGGUUUUUUUUGUUUGUUUUUUGUUUUUGCGGUACGCGGGCCUCUCCCGUUGCGGAGCACAGGCUCCAGACGCGCAGGCUCAGCGGCCAUGGCUCACGGGCCCAGCCGCUCCUCGGCAUGUGGGGAUCUUCCCGGACGGGGGCACGAACCCGCGUCCCCUGCAUCAGCAGGGGGACUCUCAACCACUGCGCCACCCGGGAAGCCCGAGCCUGUGGAUUUAAUAGUAGCUCUUCAAAUGGAUACACAGCAGGAUCUCUGAGGUAGCACUCCUUUACCUUCUUUAUUCUCAGGCAUAUUUUAUAAUGUAAAUUGUGGACCUCCAAGCAAAACAAUGUCUAGAAGAAUCUCUUUACCUUUUGUUAGGAUGAAUUUCCAGCCUGAGAUGGGGCUCUUUCUUUCGACUCCUUUACACAUCAUGGGCUACUUGGGGGGGGUUGAUUGUGCAAGUGAACAAUGGGAUACUGUGAGGGGAAUGGGAGAGCUGAAGCCAAAGUAAGAAGAGCUCUUGGGAUGUAUUAAGCCAAGUAGGGUACACAUUUGACUUGGUGGGGUGGGGGGAAAGCAUAGCCAUAUCUCUUAACCACCAGAGCUGUAUAAUGGGGCUCAAUAAAAACAAGGCAGAUGUAAUUAUGCAAUACAAAUUAUAUUUUCUUAUUUUUAAUAAAUUUAUAACAUUACAA